GUUCAACUGAUUUUUUCUGAGGAUUUUGGAACAGAAGGACGCGGAGGGUACUUUGAUCAGUAUGGAAUCAUACGAGACAUCAUGCAAAACCAUCUCUUGCAGAUACUCGCACUUUUCGCAAUGGAGACGCCUGUGAGCUUAGAUGCUGAGGAUAUAAGAAGUGAAAAGGUGAAAGUUUUGCGAUCAAUGAAACCGUUACUUCUUGAAGAUGUAGUUGUUGGACAAUACAAAGGGCAUAGCAAGGGAGGAAAGUCUUAUCAAGGUUACACAGACGAUCCAACGGUUCCAAAUCACAGUCUCACUCCUACAUUUGCUGCAGCGGCCAUGUUCAUCAACAAUGCGAGAUGGGACGGUGUUCCUUUUCUUAUGAAAGCUGGGAAUGCUCUCCAUACGCGAGGAGCAGAGAUCAGAGUUCAGUUCAGACAUGUCCCAGGAAACUUGUACAAGAAAAGUUUUGCUACUAAUUUAGACAACGCAACUAAUGCACUAGUGAUCAGAGUUCAGCCUGAUGAAGGCAUAUACCUAAGGAUCAACAACAAAGUUCCUGGUCUUGGAAUGAGACUAGAUCGCAGCGACCUUAACCUUCUGUAUCGAUCCAGGUAUCCAAGAGAGAUACCAGAUGCAUAUGAAAGACUGCUUCUUGAUGCAAUCGAAGGAGAGAGGAGGUUGUUUAUCAGAAGUGACGAGCUAGAUGCAGCAUGGGAUCUAUUCACACCGGCUUUGAAGGAGCUCGAGGAGAUGAAAAUUGUUCCUGAACUCUAUCCAUAUGGAAGCAGAGGUCCUGUUGGUGCACAUUAUCUUGCAUCUAAGUACAAUGUGAGAUGGGGAGAUCUUGGAGACGCUUAAGCUUUUGACAGAAACAAUAUGAUUUGGUGAUAUCAAAUGAUAUGGUGCCAAAAACUAUGUGUGAUUUGUUUCUUUCCAAAUUAUACAUAGAUUCUGUUAUUUUGGUGGA